AUGGAAGAGCUUGAAGCCUGCGUCCUCUUCCCAUCGCCGAAGCAGCAGGAAACGCAGCGUCUCCGCGAACGCAACAGAAUUGCCAAGAGGGCAUCGAGAGCGCGCCAACGGCAGCGUGAGCAGCACAACGACACUACUGCAGACGUCGCAGUACAGCCAACGCCAACUGCAGAAGCAACUUCGCAGGACUUGGCGGUGCCAUUGCACCCGCCACAACACCCUGGUUCUGGCUCUGGCUCUGGUUCUGGCUCUGACUCCGCUUGUGUACGGGCCGAAGCGUCGGAAGACCUUGGCGUCUGGGCACUAGACGGCCCCCUAGACGACCCUACCGCCCUGCCCUGGCCCUCUUCUCUUGAUGAGGACUGGCCUGGUUUUAGUGGUUCACUAGUGGAUACGCUUAGCCCUCGUCAGCUCUCAGUCUCAGUCUCAGUCCCGGGAAUAUCCAACCCAGAGCCGCGAGCACCGCCUACGUCUUCGAGUUCACUCACCUCCGACUCCAACGAUUCCAACAGCAGACCAUCUAGAUUACUACACAUCGCCGCUCGCAAUGGAACAACCGGCAUUCUGCUCUCGCUGAUCAAGGCCGGCGCAGAUGUGAACUCGCGCGACUGCUCCGGCACAACUCCCCUCCAUAUCGCUGUACGCUUUCGACGUGCAAGUGCUCUCGAGCUGCUAGUGAAUCACGGAGCAAAUAUCAAUGCCCGAGACUCGGCCAACAUGACGGCCCUCGAAGUAGCUGUGAGGGCUCAAGACGAAGAGCUUGUCAACAUUCUCCUCUCUGGUGGAGCUGAGCUUCAUUGA